UUUAUAAUAGUGGCACCCUUGUUUUUAUUUUCCCUCUCUCCCUUCUAUGUGUGUGUUUUUCUUUCACAUAUAAUAUUGUUUUUCAUUCUCAUCUAGAAUUUCAUCGCAGUUUAAUCUUGUUUGGUUAUUUCUUCAAAGAAAAUAAAGGAAAAUAAAAGUUUCGAAAUAAUGUCAGAAAUACCGCAUCCACAAAUGGCUGAUACCAACAAUCAUCAGAUAAUUCAAAAUAUUGAAAAUUUGCAAAAUAUUGGAAAUUUGCAAAAUUUGCCAAUUUUGCAAAAUAAACAAACUCCACAAAAUGCUAUUGAAAAUAUGGAUAAUAUCCAAAUAAUGAAAAAUAUUGAAAAUAAUGUUCAAAAUAUGGAAAAUAUUCAAAAUUUAUUAAAUACAAAAAAUGAAGAAAAUAAUAUUGAAAAUGUGAAAAAUAUCGAAAAAAAUAAUAAUAAUAACGUUCAAAACGUUGAAAUAAUGGAAAAUUUAAAAAAUAUGGAAAAUAUGAAAAACAUUGAUAAUAAUAAUCAAAAAAAAGAAGAAAAAAAUGUUUAUCAAUUUAAAAUUUCAUUAAAACGAAUAAAACCAACAAUAUGGCGACGUAUACAAGUCCCUGAGGAUUAUACAUUUUAUGAAUUAAGUGAUGCAAUACUUAAUGCAAUGGGUUGGGCUGGUAGUCAUUUACAUGAUUUUAAAAUGAAAAAUCCCGAAACUGGUGGACAAGAAACAAUUGGCGAGGAUCCAAAUAUGGAUGAUUCGUGUGCAAGUCUUGAUGAAAAAGAAACGAAAAUCAAAGAUUUUUUCAUUAAUAAUAAAAGUAAAGCAUUGUAUACUUAUGAUUUUGGUGAUAAUUGGGAUCAUGAAGUGCAAUUAAUGAGAAUAUUACCUGCAAUUGAUGGUAAAGAAUAUCCUGUAUGUAUUGCUGGUAAACGUGCAUGUCCACCUGAGGAUUGUGGUGGUACAUGGGGUUAUCAGAGUUUAUUGGAGAAACGAGGAAAACCAAAAGAACAACUCACCGAUGAGGAACGCGAGGAACUUGAAUGGUAUCAAAUUGAUGAUGAUUUUGAUCCUGAGGAAUUUAAUCCACGUAAUGUUGAUUUUGGGGUUUUUGACUUUUUCUCAAUGCUUGGAAUGAGAUAAAUUUGAGAGAUUUCAAAAGAAAAAAAGGAUUACCAAAAAAAAGAAAGAAGAAAAGGAUUUUAUUUUAUUUUUCGACAAAUGAAUUUAAUAUAUUAUGACUAUUAUUACACUUUAAACGCGAAGUUGCGUUUUUUUUUUUGGUGUUAUUUUUAUAAUUAUUCGUAUAGUUUUUUUUUCGUUUUGUUUAUUAAAAACUCAUUUAAUAAUACAUUUAUAUAAAAUUUAAAAAUACUCGUUUUUGUUUCGUCGUUGACUCGAAAAAAAAUAAUUUAUAUAUUUAUAUAUCUUAAGUGUAUAUUACGAACACGAAAAAAAGAAAUCAAAUAUUCUAUCUUUUGUGUUCUUUAAAGGUUCUAAAGAAAGUUUUUAUAACUAAUUUUUGUAAUAAAAAUUUUUGCAAUAAAGACAUAUUCAAUUGUUUCAUUA